AAGGUGUACCUGGCACCACCUCCGGAAGAAGGGAUCGGAGACCGGAGGGAUCGCGGCAGGAGCCCGCCAUCCGGGGACGCUGCAAGAACCAUGAGCUCCCCGGAAGGGCCAAGCUUCCAAUCAGGGCUGCUCUCAGGCGGCACCUCCCCAAGCUGCGAUGAGGGCUUCUUUCCUUUCGUCCUGGAGCGGCGGGAGUCAUUCCUGGGAGGGGGCCCAGGGCCCCAGGAGCACGAGGACCUGGCCCUGCAGCUGCAGCAGAAGGAGAAAGACUUGCUGUUGGCCGCAGAGCUUGGCAAGAUGCUUCUGGAGCGCAACGAGGAGCUGCAACAGCAGCUGGAGAUGCUGAGCACCCAGCACUCUGAACGUGAGGAACGACUGCAGCAGGAGAACCAUGAGCUCCGCCAGAGCCUGGCAGCACGGGGAGCUGAGUGGGAGGCCAGGGCUGUGGAGCUGGAGGGGGACAUGGAGGCUCUGCGGGCCCAGCUGGGGGAACAGCGCUCAGAGCAGCAGGACAGCGGGCGAGAGCGUGCACAGGCCCUCGGCGAACUCAGCGAGCAGAACCUACGGCUCAGCCAGCAACUGGCCCAGGCCUCUCAGACUGAGCAGGAGCUUCAGAGGGAAGUAGAUGGCCUUCGUGGGCAGUGCCACAUCCAGGCCCUGGCCAGGGCAGAGCUGAGGACACGCCUAGAGAGCCUGCAGGGGGAGAACCAGAUGCUGCAGAGUCGCCGGCAGGACCUGGAAGCCCAGAUCCGAGACCUGCGUGAGGAGGUGGAGAAAGGCCAGGGCAGGCUACAGGCAACCCAUGAGGAGCUGUUGCUACUGCGGCGUGAGAGGCGGGAAUACAGCUUGGAGCUGGAAUGUGCACGCUCCGAGGCCAGGGAGGCACUGAGCACACUGCGGAGGCUGCAGCAGCGAGUCUCAGAGCUGGAGGAAGAGUCGUGCCUACGAGAAGCUAACGCAUCAGGGGCCUCCCUGCAGUCCGAACUUGCCCAUAGCCUUGACAGCCACCAGAACCAGAAUGCAGAUGGCCACGGAGACACUCUGACCAUUCUGUCCCCGGAGGCCCCAGAGUUAUCCAGUCACCUGCCUUUGCCCCAGGAGGAGAGGUCAGAGCCUCCCAAGAAGAGAGCAUCCCUGAGCCCAGGGAAGAUACUGGAAAAGGAGUUGGAAGUGGCCCAGCUGCAGGACCAGGUCGAGCUGCAGCGGGCAGAGAUACAGUUCUUGCGGGAGGAGCUACAAAGGCAGAAGGAGCUGCAGGAGCUGGAGGACCCCAAGGAGGCCUUAAGAUGUGCCCUCUCUGACAGAGAGGAGGCUGUGAACAAGGCCCUGGAACUGUCCCUGGAGCUCAGUCGCGUCUCUCUGGAGCGGGAUUCCCUCUCCCAAGAGCUGUUUCGCACCAUCAGUCAGAAGGUGGCGCUGACGCAAGAGCUGGAGGCUUGGCAGGACGACAUGCAAGUGGUAAUUGGAGAGCAGCUGCGCUCCCAACGCCAGAAAGAGCUGAGUGACGCUGAAUCUGCUCGGCAUCGCCCCACGUCCCACUUCUCACUGAGCAGGAGCCCUGGGCCUGCCGGCGGAUUCUUCAGCAACCUCUUCCGAAAGACCUGAGGGCCUAGCGAUGGGACCCACACUUGCCCUCUCUGGCUUACUUUCCUCUUCCAGCCAACGGAGCACAGGGCCCUAACUGUCUUCCAAAGGGGGUUGGUGCCCUCCCAUGCCCCAGGUGGCUGAGCAGGGACUUACUGGGAGCAAGCCCCAACUUUGGGAGUCAGGAGGCCCCAGGUUGGUGGUGGGAGCAGAUGGGGCUGAGCUAUCUAUUUUUUGAAUCUAUAUAGGUCUUUUCUAAGCACUAGACCCCCUGGCCCUGGUAUGCUCCAGGGAAAGGGAAGGGAUGGUUAUUUAUGUAUCAAGAUCAGAGUAAUAUAUAAACAUUACACCUACUUAGUCUCCCUUCUUGGGAAUA